CGCCGAAGGAUGUAAGGGGGGAUGCGGGUGUUUUGCAGCGGUGGGAUCGCCUGUAAAGCUCCAGCGCAGGGUGUGAAUCCAGCACCAGGGGAGAGGGAACAGCUCCCGACGCCGCAACACGCAGCACGACUCGGGGAGGAAAAAGGCACGGAUUUGCUCGAUUUUUUCCUGCCAAGGUCAGUGUUAAACCAACUGAAAAGAGGCAGAAAAGAUGCGUUGGACUCUACUGUCGCUCGCUGUUUUUGAUUUCGAUCAUAAACACGCGGAAGCUGCGAGGAUUCAGUCGUGAAAGAGACGUUUAUGUGGUCUAACUGGAAGUCUGGACACAAGUGCAGGUUAGAUGCAGCAUGGAUCUGUUAUAAAAGACUGCCUUAUCUUCCCUCUAAAUGUCUCUAUGCGUGUUUUUUCUCCUCAUUGAUGUAGACUGAAUUCACAGCUCGUAUGUCUUGAAACCAGGAAUGAAUUGUCCACGUUGAAAAAUGCUGCUUUGGAUUGUUCUGCUGAAUGCGGCUCUUUGUGUUGCUAGUGGAAAUGUUACAAGGGACGUUUGUAAGGAGCAGAUAUGCUCUUGCAACGAGAUCGAGGGAGAUCUGCACAUAGACUGCGAAAAAAGGAGCUUCACCACUCUGCAGCAUUUGACUGGCCCCAGCUCCCAGUUUUAUCACUUGCUGCUGCACGGGAAUUCUCUAUCCAGGCUAUUUCCCAACGAGUUCGCCAACUUUUACAAUGCUGUGAGCCUGCAUUUGGAAAACAAUGGCUUGCACGACAUUGUCCCCGGCGCCUUUCUGGGACUGCAGCUGGUGAAACGGCUGCACAUCAAUAACAAUAAGAUAAGAUCAUUCAGGAAGAGUACAUUUCUGGGGUUAGACGACUUGGAAUAUCUCCAAGCUGAUUUUAAUCUAUUGAGGGAUAUUGACCCCGCCGUUUUCAGGGACCUAAAUAAACUUGAAGUGUUAAUACUUAACGACAACCUCAUCAGCGCGCUACCUAUAAACGUGUUUCAACAUGUGCCCAUUACGCAUCUCGACCUGCGGGGAAACAGAAUCAAAACGUUGCCUUAUGAGGGAAUCCUUGAACAAAUACCGGGCAUUGCGGAGGUUUUGUUGGAGGACAACCCGUGGGACUGUAACUGCGACCUGGUUUCUCUUAAGGAAUGGCUGGAAAACAUACCGCAUAACGCGCUCAUUGGGAGGGUGAUAUGCGAGGCUCCCACCAGGCUGCAAGGGAGCGACUUAAACGAGACGUCAGAAGCGGAUCUGUGUCCUUCACAGAGCGGCGGUGUGGACACCAGCCUGGUCGCCCCUCCCACCCAGGAGGAGACCUCGGAGACCCAUGGCCCGCGCCCCACGCCUUACAAGCCCAAUGGAGACACCAGCGGGCCCCCGACGCCUGGCGGCCACGGCUCCAAGAGCCGCUCCAAAUCUCGUGAGAACUGGCAGCUGAAAACGAAGCCCACUCCAGUGGUGACAGGUGUGAAUGGGGACAGGGAACAGCUGCACAACAUGACGUGCCCCCAGCCGUGCAACUGCAAGCUGGUCGGCUCCAGACAGGGGCUGGGGGUCAACUGCGAGGGCAAAAAGAUCGAGAGCUUAGCCAACCUCAAACCUAAGCCCUUCGCCGCGCACGAGCUCAACAUGAGAGAUAACAACAUCCACGCAGUGAAAAAGAACCAGCUGCUCGGCUACACCAGCCUCAACCUGCUCGAUCUGGGUGGGAACAACAUCAAGGUGAUUGACAACAGCACUUUCCUAAACCAGAGCGAGCUCAGGUGGCUGUACAUGGAUAAGAACUAUCUGGAUACGCUGAUGGCAGAGAUGUUUGUGGGCCUUGUGAAUCUGGAAUAUCUCAGUUUGGAAUACAACGACAUCCAGCUGAUAGUGGCAGGUGCGUUCAGCCCCAUGCCAAAUCUGAGGGUUCUGUUCCUCAACAACAACCUGCUUAAAUCUUUACCCGUGGAUGCUUUCCUUGGGAUUUCUUUAUCCAAAAUUAGCCUGCAUAAUAAUUAUUUCCCCCACCUCCCCGUGGUUGGAGUGCUAGACCAGCUCAAUUCAAUCAUACAGAUCGAUUUGCACGGGAACCCGUGGGAUUGCUCCUGCAACAUCGUGCCCUUCAAGCAGUGGACGGAGAAACUCGGGGCUGAUGUCAUAGUGAGUGAUCUCAAGUGCGAGUCCCCUGAAGAGUUUUGGAAGCGAGAUUUCCGCUACGUCCGGAACGACCUAAUGUGCCCCAAACUCUAUGAAAGAGUGUCCCCCACGCCCCUGUCCAAAAACAGCACUUUCACCCUGGACUCGGGGACGCGCUCGAACUCCUAUUUGGAGCCGAACAGGGUCUCCAUCUCCGUGCUCGUCCCCGGGUUGCUGUUGGUGUUUGUCACGUCCGCGUUCACUGUCGUAGGGAUGCUUGUGUUCAUUUUGCGGAAUCGAAAGCGGUCAAAGCGGAGGGACGGGAACUCGUCCGCGUCCGAGAUCAAUUCCUUGCAGACAGUGUGUGACUCGUCUUACUGGCACAGCGGGCCUUAUCACGCAGACGGGGGCGCGCACCGGGGCUUCGACUGCAGCACGCACCUUUCCACGACAAAUGAUGCGUAAAAAGGGGACUCUGCUAGUACACUAAGGAUUACAAACAGUCACACAGACAGACUGACGCACUGACUUGCUUUAUGUUCGUCCCAGACGCGAACACAGACUUGUUUAUGUCUUGUUUUCUCCACUUGAACCAAGUAAGUCAGUCUGCUGCUGAUACUGCUGCACAGGCCCCACUCUGUAAUAUAUGUAUAUGCCAAGCCCCCCUGGCUAAAACCCCUCCCUCCCUCCUCCUCCCAGUUCUGCUAUUUGCCGCAAUCGGACUACGGAUCUGUAUGGAACAGAAAAGAGGGAGAAAAGGAGCGAGGGAGAGGGUGUGUGUGAGAGAGAGAGAAAGAGCGCACGCGAGAGAGAGCAAAGACCGAGGACCCGGGGAAUGGUGCACGAACGCAUGAAUGUAAAUGUAAAUACUCGGACCGAUGUAUCAUAAUCUGCAUGAUGAUAUUUCGCAUGGUUUCAACACACACACACACACACACACACACACACACGGCGGCGAGGAACCAUAACCACCAUAACCAACAAAGAAGCGACCCUUUCAUGUUAUAUCAA